AUGGUGACCCAGAAUGCAGUACGCAACGUCCUUGGAAUUAUAGGAAAUGUCAUAUCUUUUGGGCUAUUCCUUUCUCCUUCGCCAAAUUUUUGGGGGAUUAUCAAGAAAAAAACGGUGGGAGAGUAUAGCUCAGCUCCAUAUGUUGCUACAAUAUUAAAUUGCGCCUUUUGGGUUAUGUAUGGUCUUCCCUUUGUCAAAGAAAACAACUUUCUUGUUGCAACUAUUAAUGGCGUUGGUUUGGCUAUUGAAAUCAUUUACGUCAUAAUCUUUCUCGUUUAUUCUAACAAUCAAAGAAAGAAAAGGAUCGGAAUUUACUUGUGCAUUGAGGCAUUAUUGGUUGCGGGAAUGUUAGUGUUUGUAUUGAAAGGACUUCACACCAAAAAACUAAGGACUUCAGUUGUUGGACCAGUUUGUACUUUCUUCAACAUUUGCAUGUACUUAUCACCCUUGACGGUCAUGCGCAAAGUAAUCCAAACAAAGAGUGUGAAAUGUAUGCCCUUUUAUCUUUCACUAACAAGCUUCUUAAAUGGAUGUAUUUGGACUGCAUACGCUGGUUUGGGAAGUAUUGAUCCUUGGAUGUUGGUUUCAAAUGGUUUAGGAGCACUUUCAGGAGCAGUUCAACUCAUAUUAUAUGCAGCUUACUACAAGAAACAAGAUUUUAUUGAUGAGGAUUGUAUACCACAAGUUGAACUUCCUCCCCAUAAUCUUGUUUAG